CUUCCCUCAAACCACGUCCUCUGCAACGAGCGCGCCCUACGCGACGGCGUUCCCUCGGCUACCUCUACCUCCUGGACAUGCCACCCUCCUCCCGGCCUCCUUCGCCUCAACCCUAACCCCGCACCUUCGAACCCAUUGCUGCUCCCCUCUCUCCCCGGCUCUAAUCCGCUCCUAACUUCCGCCUUGUUUGCUGCAAGGAGGCGUGCGCGACCUCCAGUUCCAAUCUGAGCGACUUUGGUGGCAUGGACUUCCUGUUCACCAUCGCCGGCUUCCUCACCAUCAUCAGCUUUGGUGGCGGACAUGAGAGGAGAGAAGAAUCCUUCGAGGUGGAUCUUGAUUUAACUCUUAAUGAGCUUGGAGAUGGGGAGGACACUCAAGGUGCAUUUCAUUUGUCUGAAUAACACCAGGCGAUCCAUGCACAAAUUAUCAGGAAGGGUGGUGGGAAGUGUUCCACUUGCCACCAAUUCUCAUCUCUCACCUCUCUAUCACAUGAACCAACAUAUUUCUACAAUGUGGACAUUCCUCUCGAGUCAUCAAAGGAUCUGAAGAAAAGGAGAAAGAACUCCAUGCUCUGAAGUGCCUCGCGGUUGAGUCAGAACAAGGCACAGAUGGGUGCGACAGAGCUGUGGGAUCUCUUGGCCUCCGGCUCAGAGCAAUUCGUGGAGAUGUACAGGGUGUAUCAACACCUCAGGCUGAAGAACUGGUUUGUAAGGUCAGGACUGCAGUACAGGCAGACUUUGUUGCUCACUGUCAUCGUCCGACACUAGUGCACUCGUAGUUCGUGGAGGUUGUGGCUCCAAAAGGGAAAGCAUUCGGCACCAGGUGUGCCCGCAUGAAGGUUUGGUCUGAACUAUUAUGUGCGCUUUGGGACUCUUCAAGUGUGGCCAAGAUGUUACUUCUUACCAUUAGCACCAAGAGCUACGAGCUAGAAUCCUUGGAUUGUUUGGAGCAGAUGAUUGUUCAUGAGAGGACGAUCACAAGAUGGAUACCACAACCGUGUCGUGAGCAACAAGACAAACCAUGCAGAGAAGAAACCAAAAGGGACAUGCAAAGACAAAAAUCCUGCAGAGAAGUAUUAAGCAACGAACAGAGCAUACAAGUGUGGGGGUGGUGUAGUGUUUAUCUAUUGGACGUAGUGCAGAGCUUUACAGUUAUUUCUAGCUUACUUAUCUACAAACUGAAAUCUUAACUAAAGAGCUUCCUAUUUCUGUAUAGUCAUGUUGAUGAACGUGAAUAAUGCAAUUCUAUGGUACCAAUUUGUUGUGA